CUCUGCCAUUCCAUUCCACACCUCUCUCUCUCUCUCUCUCUCUCUCUCUCUCUCUCAAGCUCUCUUCUUCAUCUUCAAGAACGCACGCACCAGAUCAAUCUCACGCUCUCUUCAGAUGGGCAUAGAUGAUAUGUGCAGCACCGGCCUUGUUCUGAGUCUAGGCCUCGAGACCCCGUCCAAGAUCGAAGCCCAGAGGCAAGCCAAACAGGGUCUUGACUUGGAGCCCUCCCUCACGCUGUGCCUCUCCGGCGCGAACAGGGCGACCUGCGACGAGCGGCCUCCGGCGGACCACCUGUACUGCCAGGCGUCGCCGCACAGCCACAACAGCCUCAGCGCGGUGUCGUCGUUCUCGAGCCCGCGGGUGAAGAGGGAGAGGGACCUCAGCAGCGAGGAGGCCGAGGUCGAAACGACGCGGGUGUCCUCGAAGGCGAGCGACGAGGACGACGACGGCGCGAAUGCGAGGAAGAAGCUUCGGCUCACUAAGGAACAGUCUGCGCUCCUGGAGGAGAGCUUCAAACAGCAUAGCACUCUCAACCCUAAGCAAAAGCAAGCUUUGGCGAGGCAGUUGAAUCUACGGCCGCGCCAAGUUGAAGUGUGGUUUCAAAACAGGAGAGCCAGGACGAAGCUGAAGCAGACCGAGGUGGACUGUGAGAUCCUCAAGAAGUGCUGCGAGACGCUAACUGACGAGAACCGGCGGCUGCAGAAGGAGCUCCAAGAUCUCAAGGCCCUGAAACUGGCCCAACCCUUUUACAUGCACAUGCCCGCGGCAACGCUCACCAUGUGCCCGUCGUGCGAGCGGAUCGGUGCGGGGCCGAGCGUCGAUGGCGCCACGCCGACCAAGAGCCCUUUUUCGAUGGGGGCGAAAUCGCACUUAUAUAGUCAUCACUUCACCAAUCCUUCUGCUGCUUGCUGAUCCGAAGUUGUUAGGGUUUUAGACAUAUUACAGAGAGAGAGAGAGAGAGAGAGAGAGAGAGAGAGAGAGAGAUAGACUCCAAAAUCACAACCCCUAUAAUUUUUGCUUGAGGGCUUGUAGCUAGUUAAAGAUCCAAUGUAAUUAUCUGUUAGGGAAAUAUAGUAAAACUCCUGAUGGAUCAUCCCCCCUAGUUUUCUUUCUUCUUUUUUGGGAUAAAUCUGUAAAUGUUUUAGCUAUAUAUCUUGAGAUUAUCAAUGGAGGAAUUACUUUAAUUUAUUAUUUUCA